GGCUGCGUACUGUUUUACGGGAUGACUUCGUCAGUGAAAAUGAAUGAUUGUUUAAUAUUCAAGUGAAUUACAAUCAUUUUGAAUAAUUUAUUUAUCAUGGAAUUGGGUUUACCCAAUACGUUAUUGGCAGGUGAUCCACGAUUAGUAGAUCACAUUGUGGGAGAAGUUAAAUCUCAAGGAAUUUUUGAUCAAUUUCGUAAAGAAUGUAUCGCUGAUGUUGAUACGAAGCCAGCAUAUCAAAAUUUACGUACAAGAGUUGAAGGAUCUGUAAAUUCUUUUCUGAGUAAACAAUCAUGGAAACCAGAUUUAAACAAAAACCAAUUGAGAGAAACAUUACGAAAACACAUACACGAAGCUCCAUAUUUAGAUGCUGGUGUAGAACGCAUAGUAGAUCAAGUAGUAAAUCCAAAAGUAUAUUCUGUUUUUAUGACUCAAAUUGAAGAUGUAGUAUACAAGUUUCUAGGCAUAGAAAGACCUAAGGCAAAAGAAAAAAAUGGUGCAUGUGGCCUUAAAGAUUUGUUACCCAAAGAUUUAGAUCCUGUUUCGCCAGAAUCUGAUAAAAAUAGUUUAAAAGAUGUAUCUUUGGAAUCUGUGGAUGCAAUGGAAGAUUUAGAAAUAAAGAAAGACAUAAAAUUAGUUAAUGAACAAAAAUUCCAAGAGGAAGAAAUUUUCAAUGAAAAAGAUAAAGAUAAUAUAUCUGAAAAUGGACAAAUUUCUUCUGAAGAGAAAGCAUUAGAUGAAAGUGAUAAAAUUUUUAAUAAGACUGGUAGUAUUUUAAAUUUAAAUAUAUCUGGAAAAUCAGAUGAUAAAACAGAAGAAGAUGAAGAAGAUAGUCCUACUUUUGAACCAAUUGAUAUUAUGAAUUUAAAUGAAUCUAACAACUCUAAUGAUUCACAUUUAUCAGGUAUAUCAGAAUUAACUAGCCAUAGAUCUAGAAGUCCUGAUUUUUGUAAUGAAUUAUCAAGAGAUAAUUUCGAUUAUAGUAACCAAGAUUCACAGCUAAGUAAAGUUUCUUCUGAUUCUCGGUUAUCAAUUGUAACUGACUUUGGAUCUUCUAAUCAUGCAUCAACACCAAUACACGAUGUAUUGAAAGAUGAUUUCAAUAAAGAUAAAUGUGAUGUUAAAAAUAAUAAAGACAAUUUUAAAAUUGUCAAAGAAUAUGAAACUAGUAAAAAUAAAAGUAAUAAAAAUAUUUUUGAAUUAAAUAAAACUAAAGAUAUACAAGAUGUUAAAGAUUCUAAAAAUAUUAAAAACAAUUUAUCAUCUAAAGAAAAUUCUCGUGAUGCUACAGACAGUAGUAUAAAAGAUAAAUAUGAACAUAAAAAUAAUAAAGAAAAAAGCAAGGACACUGAAUCCAAAUCAAAAUCAAAAGAUAAAAAUUAUGUGAAAGAUGGAAAACAUCAUAGAGAUAGAAAUAGUGAUAAAAAGAAAGAAAGAAGUCAUAGUAGUUCAAAGUAUGAUAAAUAUGAUAAAAAUAAAAUUAAAGAUAAAAAUGAUCAACCAAGAGACAGUAUAGAAAAAAUAAAAGAUGCAGAAAAAGAUAUCAAUACUAAAGUAAAGGAAGAUAAGAUAAGAGAAACAGACAAGAAAGAUAAUAUCAGUAAAGAAGGGAAAGAUCUAAAAGAUCUAUACAAAGAAAAAAUUAGAGAACUUAGAGAAAAGAAAGAAUUAACAGAAAAGGAAAAAUUGAAUAAAGACAAUAAAGAAUUAAAAUCAAACAAAGAAAAUAAAGAUAAAAAGGAUUCUCCAAAAGACAAGAAACUUUAUAAAAAGGAACAUAAAAGUUCAUCUAGAAAUUCCUCAUCAAGUUCUCAUGACAUCAAAACUGUUAAAGCAUUUGACAAAAUUAUUGAUGGAAAAGAAAAAAAAAGUGAACCAAAAGACAAAGAUAAGAAUAAACGAGAUGAAAGACGUAUUUCUAAAGAUUAUAUAAAGUCUAAAAACCAUCUCAGUAUAAAAUCAGAAGCAACAGAAAAAUUAGAAAAACAAGAUAUAAAGAAAUUUAUAAAAAAUGAAAAGGAAGAAAAAAUAGAAAAAUCUGAAAUACGAAAAGAUAUUAAAUCAAGUAGUGAGAAAUUAAACGGCAAAAAAGACGCCAAAAACUACCCGCAAAGUAAAAGCGCAACUCGAAACGAGAAAUUAGAUAGUAAAAGAGAUAGUAAAAAUGAUUUACAACAUAAAGACAAAAGGCGAAGAGAAGAAAAAAAGUCCAAGCCAAAAGAUGAUCAUUCUAGUUUAAGAAGGAAUUCUAAUGAUCGACGCUCUACAGACAGAGAUGGUUCAAAUGGAUCAAGCAGUAAAAGCUCACAAUCUAGUAGUUCUAGUUCUAAUAUUGCAAGCAGUAAAUCAAGUACAUCAACUUUUUCUAAAGAAACAAACCAUAUGAGUAAUUCUGGUAGUGAAACAUCAGACAAUAUUGAAGAAGUUCAUACAAGUGAUUUAAAAUUAUCAUUAGAACAACAAAGUUCUGUAAUGGACAGAGAAACAGAAUUACAUACAGAAUAUAAAACAGACAGCACUAGUAAUUAUGAAACACACGUCAAACAAGAAUUAGAAUUUAAUUAUGUUAAUUUACCCUUAAAAAAACGAGCAAUACCAGGAGAAGAUAAUAGCAUUUCAGGAGAAAUGAAAGUAAAGAAACCAAAAUUUGCAAAAAAUAUACAUGAAGCCAAGAAAUUAAUGAAAAUUAGAAAACAAAUAGAGAAACAAAAACUUAAAGAAAAUAAAAAAUUAGAAAAGAAAUUUAUACAAAAAAUAGAACAACCAAUACAAUCAAAUACAGUAAAUAAUGAUAAUUUCGAAAGUAUGCCAGAUGAGGAACGUGUUCAAAUAAUAGAAAUACCAGAUGAAGAAUAUGAAGAACCAUAUCCUGAGAAACAUACUAAUCUAACAUUAGAAGAAAGAUCAAUAAUAAUGUUACAAACUGAAGUUGGUACAAAAGAUUUAUUGGAAACACAUUCUAAUCUAAAAUUAAGAUUGUCAGAUAUGGAACUGCGUAUAGAGAAAUCAUUAAUUGAAGCACUUUUGAAUAAAACAGAAGAAGAAUCUGCUCAACAAUCAAGUUCUAAUACUCAGACAAAACUAUCUGAAAAUGAAGAAGUUGAAGACUUACAAAAUAAAGAAUCAUUACCUUCUGCAAUAGAAGAAACAAACAGCAAUUUGAUAAGAGCAGAAAAAAUUAAUGAUUCUAUGGAAACAUGUUCUAAAAAAGAAACACAGCAAGAAACUAGUACAUCUAAAUUAGAAGAAUAUAUAACAUUUCAAGAAUCAAGUAACUAUUUUAGUGUUAAUACCAAUAAAACAGACAUAAAUGAAAAAAAGGAACACCUAAUGUCAAGUAGUACAAGUACAGAAGAUGUAACUUGUUCAAAUAAUAAUAGAAGUAUAGAAAUACCUACAACAUCAAAAUUUAUAAAUGAAGAUGUUUCUCAGAAUGCUCAAAAUAAGAGUCUUUCCAAUUUAAAUAGAUAUGUAACUGAUGGAGACUGCAUUAUAAAAGUUAAAGAGGAACUGCAGGCAAUAGAAUCCACAUCAAUGGAAACUGAAGAUAAUGAAUAUUGUCGUUACUUUAAAGCCGAUAAUGAAAAAUCGGAGAAAUUCUCUAAUUUCUUAGAAUCACUGGAAUUAGUAAAAAAUAGUUCUUUAGAAGACAUAAUAGAGAGUUUAGGAGGACAAGUUGUCUCUUCAAUGCCAAAAGCUAUGGCACCACCUUUACCAAAACGGAAACACUCAUCUAGCCCAUUAACAGAUAUAUUAUUAAAUAAUUCAAAUAAUAACAACGAUGGUCAUAAAAAAGUACUGAAUUUAUCUAAUGAAGAAGCAUUAAAUAAUAUAAAAAAAAGAAAAUUAAUACCUAAAAAACAAAGACUUCAAGCAAAUAUAUGUGCUCCACAAGGACUUUUAAAUGGAGAAAAUUUUGUAAUGCCUUUGAGUCCUGAGAGUGAUGUAUCUGCAACCAGUGAAAAAAUACCUUCUUCAAAUCUAAUUAAAGAAGAUAAAAGCCGGCAUAGAAGCAGUCAGCGUUAUUCAAGUGAUGACUUAUACAAACCACGUCCAUUAUUUUCAAGUUCUUCUCGCAGAAGUAGGAGAUCUAAUCAGGUAUAGCUAGUAAUCUGUAGUUUCAGGUGUUGAAUUGUUUUACUUUAUAUAAUACAAAAAAG